AUGAAGUGCAAAGCUGUCAUCAAGGUGCUUUACCUGAAGGUGCUUUACCUGAAGGUGCUUUACCUGAAGGUGCUUUACCUUUUCCUGAAGGUGCUUUACCUGAAGGUGCUUUACCUGAAGGUGCUUUACCUUUUCCUGAAGGUGCUUUACCUGAAGGUGCUUUACCUUUACCUGAAGGUGCUUUACCUUUUCCUGAAGGUGCUUUUCCUAAAGCUGCUUUUCCUAAAGGUGCUUUUCCUGAAGGUGCUAUUCCUGAAGGUGUUUUACCUUUUCCUGAAGGUGCUUUACCUUUACCUGAAGGUGCUUUACCUGAAGGUGCUUUACCUUUACCUGAAGGUGCUUUACGUUUUCCUGAAGGUGCUUUUCCUAAAGGUGCUUUUCCUGAAGGUGUUUUACCUUUUCCUGAAGGUGUUUUACCUUUUCCUGAAGGUGCUUUACCUUUUCCUGAAGGUGCUUUACCUGAAGGUGCUUUACCUGAAAGUGCUUUACCUGAAGGUGCUUUACCUUUUCCUGAAGGUGCUUUACCUUUUCCUGAAGGUGCUUUACCUGAAGGUGCUUUACCUGAAGGUGCUUUUCCUAAAGGUGCUUUUCCUGAAGGUGCUUUUCCUGAAGGUGUUUUACCUUUUCCUGAAGGUGCUUUACCUGAAGGUGCUUUACCUUUUCCUGAAGGUGCUUUUCCUGAAGGUGCUUUACCUGAAGGUGCUUUACCUUUUCCUGAAGGUGCUUUACCUGAAGGUGCUUUACCUUUUCCUGAAGGUGCUUUACCUGAAGGUGCUUUACCUGAAGGUGCUUUACCUUUUCCUGAAGGUGCUUUUCCUAAAGGUGCUUUUCCUGAAGGUGCUUUUCCUGAAGGUGUUUUACCUUUUCCUGAAGGUGCUUUACCUGAAGGUGCUUUACCUUUACCUGAAGGUGCUUUACCUGAAGGUGCUUUACCUUUACCUGAAGGUGCUUUACCUUUUCCUGAAGGUGCUUUUCCUAAAGGUGCUUUUCCUGAAGGUGCUUUUCCUGAAGGUGUUUUACCUUUUCCUGAAGGUGCUUUACCUGAAGGUGUUUUACCUUUUCCUGAAGGUGCUUUACCUGAAGGUGCUUUACCUGAAGGUGCUUUACCUGAAGGUGCUUUACCUUUUCCUGAAGGUGCUUUACCUGAAGGUGCUUUACCUGAAGGUGCUUUUCCUAAAGGUGCUUUUCCUGAAGGUGCUUUUCCUGAAGGUGUUUUACCUGAAGGUGCUUUACCUGAAGGUGCUUUACCUUUUCCUGAAGGUGCUUUUCCUGAAGGUGCUUUUCCUGAAGGUGCUUUACCUGAAGGUGCUUUACCUGAAGGUGCUUUUCCUGAAGGUGCUUUACCUGAAGGUGCUUUACCUGAAGGUGCUUUACCUGAAGGUGCUUUUUCGUCAAACACAGUUCCUCUGUGUGAGCUGCAAGUUCUCCAACCUGGGCCCAGAUCUGUUGGUGCUGUUGAGCCAAUAG